AGGGAACGUGCAGUUUGGGAAGAUCCAAUCCCUCUGUGGAACUUCGAAACACCUUUUAUUAGUAGAAACAUUAUUUCCUACAAAAUGAACUCAGCAUCUUAAUUUAAACCAGUAUUUGUGUGGUUUUGAUUUACCUGCAAUGGUUCAUGAAGCUUGAGAUCUAAGGAGUACAGGGUCUUUUGCGAUGACAAUAUGACUAAUAGCAAAGGAAGAUCUAUUACUAAUAACACAAGUAGUGGUCCAAGUAGUGGAGGAGGUUUAGUGGACUGGACUUUAAGCUUAAAUACAAUUCAAUCUGAUAAGUUUUUAAACUUAUUAUUGAGUAUGGUUCCAGUAAUUUAUCAGAAAAACCAGGAAGAUAGGCACAAGAAAGCAAAUGGCAUUUGGCAAGAUGGAUUAUCAACAGCAGCACAGACUUUCAGCAAUCGAUCUGAGCAGCACGUGGAAUUUCACAAUUUCUCAGAGCAGUCUUUUCAUGGCAAUAAUGGGCACGCACCAGCAAACUGUAGCCCCAAGUAUGAUGACUAUGCCAACUACAAUUACUGUGAUGGAAGGGGCACUGCGGAAGCUGCCGCCAUGUUACAGAAUGAAGAUGCGUCUAGUGAUGGGGAUGAAGACAUCAUUGUGGAAGCAAACCAGAAAUCACCAAAGGAAUCCAGUGGUGUCAUGGCGCUGCAAAUACUGGUGCCAUUUUUGCUAGCUGGUUUUGGAACAGUUUCAGCCGGCAUGGUUUUGGAUAUAGUCCAGCACUGGGAGGUGUUUAAAAAGGUAACAGAAGUUUUCAUUUUAGUUCCUGCACUUCUUGGUCUCAAAGGGAACUUGGAAAUGACCUUGGCAUCCAGAUUAUCCACUGCAGUAAAUAUUGGGAAGAUGGAUUCGCCCAUUGAAAAGUGGAACCUCAUAAUCGGCAACUUGGCUUUAAAGCAGGUUCAAGCGACAGUGGUUGGUUUUCUAGCAGCUGUGGCAGCGAUUAUACUGGGCUGGAUUCCAGAGGGGAAAUCCUAUCUUGACCAUUCUGUCCUGUUGUGCUCUGGCAGUGUAGCAACUGCGUUCAUUGCAUCUCUUCUACAGGGAAUAAUAAUGGUUGGGGUUAUCGUUGGUUCAAAAAAGACUGGCAUAAAUCCUGAUAACGUUGCUACCCCCAUUGCUGCUAGUUUCGGCGACCUCAUAACUCUUGCCAUAUUAGCCUGGAUAAGUCAGGGUUUGUACUCCUGUCUUGACAACUAUUACUACAUUUCUCCGUUAGUUGGUGUCUUUUUCUUGGCUCUAACUCCUAUCUGGAUUAUAAUAGCUGCCAAACAUCCAGCCACAAGGACAGUUCUCCACUCAGGCUGGGAGCCUGUCAUAACAGCUAUGGUAAUAAGUAGCAUUGGGGGCCUCAUUCUGGACACAACUGUAUCUGAUCCAAACUUGGUUGGGAUUGUUGUUUACACACCAGUUAUUAAUGGUAUUGGUGGCAAUUUGGUGGCCAUUCAGGCUAGCAGGAUUUCUACCUACCUCCAUUUACAUAGCAUUCCAGGGGAGUUGCCUGAUGAACCCAAAGGCUGUUAUUACCCAUUUAGAACUUUUUUUGGCCCAGGAGUGAAUAAUAAGUCUGCUCAGGUUCUGCUGCUUCUAGUGAUUCCCGGACAUUUAAUUUUCCUCUACACUAUUCACCUGAUGAAAAGUGGUCACACUUCUUUAACUGUGAUCUUCAUAGUGGUGUACUUACUCGCUGCUGUGCUGCAGGUGUUUACCUUGCUCUGGAUUGCUGACUGGAUGGUCCAUCACUUCUGGAGGAAAGGAAAGGACCCGGAUAGCUUCUCCAUCCCCUAUCUGACGGCAUUGGGUGACCUGCUUGGGACAGCUCUGUUGGCCUUAAGUUUUCAUUUUCUUUGGCUUAUCGGAGAUCGAGAUGGGGACGUUGGAGACUAAUAAAUCCUACAAGCUGUUCUCAAAAUCUCACGGAGGAAAACACAGGACAACCACUUACGACUCUUCUUCAAAAAUCUUAAAUCAGUAGUUUGACUUCUACCAGGGUAAUCUUGUUGGCCCUGAUUCAAUUAAAUGGCCUUAACAUUUUUUUAAGGAAUUUGUGUUAAACCAGAGUGAACGGUAUUUGUGCUGCUUUUCGUAGAACAAACGGUAAUUUGACAUAGAUGUAGCCACAAGCUCAAGCUCUGAAGUUAACUAGGAAAGAAUAUGGGAUGUUUACAGUGAGUGAUUUAAAACCCACUGAGGUAGCGGAAAUGUACUUUAUUAGUGUUUAGCUUACAAGGCCAGGUUCAAGGAAACCACGUUCUGCUUUAGCCUGUCUUGUCUCACAGCUGUAUUGUCCUGCAAAUCCUACUAUAAAAUGAAAGGGACCAAAACCAAGUCUUUAAUCGUUUUAACUGUGCCCACCUCUCUGCUACCUGAGGAUAAAUGAUCAGUUACUAGCUCCCAACCUGACCUGAAUGUUUUCUGUUGAGCAUGAGAUAAACUUACGUUUCGCUGUUCCGAUGCAAAUUUAAUUUCAGCUCUGUAAGGUCUUGGCAGGCUUCUCUUCAAACCCAGAAUGACCUCGAGAGAUCUUUAAAGAAAGCAGUGGGUCAUUUUUGAUCAUUGAUUUAUUGAAAGAAUUUUGAUCUUUUUAGAAGACUGAACAGUAAAAACCAGAAGAUAAAUGGGGCUGCAUUUGUAGGGACAAGAUGGUGUGAGAAAUUGUGUGUGUGUGUGUGUGUGUGUGUGUGUGUGUGUGUGUGUGUGUGAAAGAGAGAGAGAGAAAGAGAAAACAGAAGGGAGAGAGAGAGAAGUGUUGGAUGGAGAACUAAAUCUUGGAUUAUUGAUAGCAAAGAUCAUAGUGCUAUUGAAAUAUUAGCAUUAUGUAGUUAUUCUUUUUUUUAAAGAUUUUAUUUAUUUAUUUGACAGAGGGAGACAGCCAGCGAGAGAGGGAACACAAGCAAGGGGAGUGGGAGAGGAAGAAGCGGGCUCCCAGCGGAGGAGCCCGAUGUGGGGCUCGAUCCCAGGACUCUGGGAUCACGCCCUGAGCCAAAGGCAGACGCUUAACGACUGAGCCACCCAGGCGCCCCUAUGUAGUUAUUCUUAAACACAUUUUAUUGAUAUGCUUUUGUCCUUUGGUCCACAGAUUUUGCUACUCUCCAGAGUUUACUAUUUAUUACCUGUAUUAUAAUGAAUAGUUUUUUCUUAUGAAAAAAAACUACCAUUUAAUAUCACCAUGUUUAUAUUAUAAGAUUUCAAAUGAGCAAGUGAUUCAUUUGCUCUUUUGAAGAAGUCUAUUGGAACUUUUAGGCUUGCCAUUUUAAGAGAAGUUGGUGGGUUACUUCAAUGAUUGGUCAUGUCUGUACAUAUCACCUAUUUGCACAGGCUAAUUUCUACAUGGGACUCUAUCAUAUACACUGCUGUGUUUCCUAUAUAUUUUUCUAAAACUCUGACCCGUAUUCCAAAACCUGACCAACGCUUUAGUUAUUCAGUAGGUAAGCAUUUUUAUAUCAUGUAUGGUUCAUUGAAAAAAAUGCAGUAGAAUCUCUCAAGAUAAUCAGAUAUCUAGUAAUUGAAAUGGUAAGGGGAAAAAUGUACAUUAACAUUGAUCAUUACGGUUUAAGUUGUGUAAGUGUUAACAUUAUAUAAAUAGUACAUUGUUUAUAAACAUAUUGGGGGAAGUGUUCCUCUUACACUCUCUAAAAUAAGGGGACUGUGGUAUAGAGUUCUAUAUUUUUGCUUAUUUUAAGACUUUAAUUAUUCCACUCUUCUGCCUUAUAAUGAAUCUUCCAAGGCAGAGAACCGAACUAAUUAUAGACUUUCUCCUUUGGAGAGUUAUAAUGUCAAAUAGUGAACAUUCUUUUAAAAGAAAGAAUGAAUGAUUAAGUCAAUGAAUAUUUAGCAGCAAAGAUUUUUUUAAUUUAAAAACAUCCAUAAAUAAUUUCUUUGAUUUUAUUGUAAAGCAUUUGUAAAUUACUUAUUUACAUUUGGGCUGUAUGAUUCAUAAGCAUUUCUAUUUGCCGAUAGAUUUCUAUCUUGAUUUAUAACCUAAAAAAGUGCCCAGAAAACUACAUUUUUAAAGCAUGUACCACCAUCUUCAGUGCAUUACGUAUUCUGAAACACACUCAAAUACACUCUAUUGUAUGGUGCUCACAACAGUACCCGUGAAGUACAUCAGGGAGAUGGUCUUAUCUGUAUUUUGGAGCAGAAGAAACUGAAACGCAGAGAAGUUACCCUUCUAACGUUGCCUGGGUGUGAAGUGCCCAAAUCGUGACUGAAAUCUGGGUCUCCGGGGGCCAGUUACUCUUUCUGUGACCCCCAGGGGUACCAAGAGUACCUAACUAAUUAACUGACAGGAAGAAGGCUGGAGUAUCAGGAUUUUGUUAAGUAGAAUAGAAUAUUGCUACAUCUCUUCGGGUUCAGACAGGGAAACCUCCAUCUCAUCCAACUGAACGGUAAAUAUAGCCAACUCUAAAUUAUUCAUGUUCCUAAGAUCAAGGAAAACACAUAAAGGAAGACUUCAGAAUAGAGAAUAAUGCCUGACUUCAUUGAACAUUUAGUGGCCUCCACCUUCCCUGAUUUAACAUUUUCCGUAGAUGCUAGUAAGUAAUUGGCAUGGCUGAUCUGAGUUCUGUCUCCUUUCUCUUUUGCUACCCAACCUUGGUUACAGCAACAAAAUGUCUAAAAGGCGUGUUGUAGAGAAAGAUAAAGACAUGGAAAAAUCAGUUACCAAUUAGCUCAAUUAAUUUAUCAAAGGGAUGUAGAUUCCUUAAAAAAAUUUUUUUUACUGAUUCUCUGAAAGCCUUUACAUCAGUAUGCAAUGAAUAAGAUGACAUAUUUACCCAUGAAAUAAUUUAUUAUCAGUCUUAUAGAAUGUAAAUUGACAGUAUUUAUAUUUAUACAACAUAAAAACCCCUCUCCAAACUUCUUCCUUUCACUAAUUUAUCAGACACUGUAUUUAUAUAGAGAUCAUCUUUUUAAAAACAUAUUUUUAUUCUUGCUCAUUAACCUUUUUUUUUUUCCUUUAAAAAACAAAGUUUAGAAGCUGAUAAAAUGGAAACUUAUGGUAAUGUCUCUUCUGGGAGAUAUCAAAAGUUCCACAUCAUACGCUAUCAGUGACGUAGCCAAAUGAAGUACAUUUUAAGAAGUCUUUCAGUAAUUGGGCUUCCUUGCCUUAUAGUGUAUCUGUGGUAUCAUACACCCAUUUAUAAUGGGCAUCUGCUAUCUUUGCAUUGUUGUAAACUCAAAUAAGAAUAAAAUGUAAGAAAUACAGCCUUGUUGUACUUCUUGAUAAGCUAGGUGGACAUCACGCCGUGUAGAACUCACCUAGAAGAGACUGGAGUGAUCUAU